CAAAAAUUAAAUUUGGGUCAGAUGCUUCCUCGCGCUUGCAUAACUCUGCAACAAAGCAGCCACCUCGCUCCGCUACAAGGCGCACCAUUUUCCGGUCAAUUAGCUCAGGCGAUUCAUGACCACCUCUCUCCGAUACUCGCGUCUGGAUCAAAACUGCUAGUUGCAACUAGCGAUUAACAGUCGCAUCAAGCAAACAAAUAUGCUGAGAAAAAGACUCGCAUCCCUUCUCUCCACCGCCAUUCGCACUAAACCUACUCUCUCACCCUCACCAAUCUCAUUCCAAUCCCUCCAUUUACUCCAUUGCCCAAACCCUAACCCUAGCAUAGGCAAUGUCAAAGGGUUCGGCUUUCAGCCUCAGGGAUUGAGAGCGUACAGUCUGCUGAGCUUGAACGAUCUGAGAGGCAAGGUUCCCAGGAAGCAGAAGACGAGGAAAGGCCGUGGGAUUGGGUCUGGUAAAGGCAAGACUGCUGGUCGAGGCCAUAAGGGUCAGAAGGCUAGAGGCUCCGGAAAGUUGGGUUUUGAAGGUGGUCAGACGCCAUUACGACGUCGUUUGCCCAAGCGUGGGUUUAAGAACCCUUUUAGUCUCACUUUUCAGGUUGAUAUAUUUAGCAGGAAUAUGUUUGGGAUCAUUAAUCGUGUACUCUGUAAGAUGGCCAAAGUGCUCUGUUUGUGUUUGCGUGAUCGUAAAUGGUAAAAGCCUAUAGUUAGUAAUGACAUACUGAGUUUAUGCAUGUGUGUAUCUUCUUGGCUGUUUUUUUUCUCUUUUUUAGGCUUGUCUCCUUGUGGGUGCUGAUGCUCCCUGUUUUUGUUUUUCCCUGUGGAUUCCUUAUCCACCUGUUCUUUUCUGUGUUUCUUGUUUCUAUUCGAAGAAAAAAAAAAACAUACUGAGUUUAUGCAAGCCCAUGACCUAUAAUGACCACCAGGGUUUAUGUUAACUUUGUGUGAAUAUGCCUCUCCUGAUAAGUAGAUAAUAAGAGAAGUAGCUUCCUCUAUACUCUAGAAAUGGUUGUUGGUACUAAAGUAAAGUGCUAAUUGUAGAAAUGUCUUCAAAAUAGGAUCGCUUUAUAGAAAUGUCUUAUCAUAAACACUACAUAAGUAAUGAACUAAGGUUGUAGUAGAAACUGGAGCCCAUUUGAUAAUCAUUUCAAUUUUAGUUUUUAGUUUUCAUUUUUUGUGCUAGAGUAUAGAGGAAAAAGAGGGA